GUCUCCCCAAACCUUCGCGGGGGAAGAUGUAUCGUUCUGCAUCCUUCCUUCUUGAACAUGUGGCAACUGUAGUAUGCGUUUGCCCUCGACCAGUGUUGUUCAAGAUAUCAACUUUGAAUCAAUCGCGUUACAGUGUUUGAGUGAGUGUGAUGCACUUUAAGUCUUUACCAACGACAUUCGUAUGCUUCCGUAUAAAAGUUAUGUGUAAUGUUGCGUGACCAAGAUGUGAUAUUUUUUUCGAAAGUUUUCCAAGCGCUUGUUCAAGACUUGCAGACAUUUUCCCUUCCUGGUCAAUGAGCGGUGUGCAAAACGUGCGGCGGAAAAAAGAACCCAUUAAAUUGGCCUCGUUCUCAUUACAUCGUGACUCACAAAGAACUCUGCUCAAGUUCGUUACGAACGGCGUGGCAAGAUAAUAACCUUGCCUGAAGGAGAUAAUUCACCUAUUUAACAUCAUUGAUGUUGUUAUGUUUUCAUUUGAUUAAAAAAUAGAAUAACACGUUAAAAAAAAAAACUUUUUUUUUAUGGUACACGUGAAUUUUCGAGUAUUUAAAAGUGAUAAAAAUAUAACCGGUAAAAACUAAGGAACGACAUUUUAAAUUUCGAUACAGUAUUAAGAAGCGAAUUCGACGGAAACAUUUAGAGUUGAUAAAAACAUUAAAAACAGUGACUUUGCAAAACCAUAAACCUCAGCAGAUCUUGGAAAUGGUGUGAACACUAAUGAGUGAUGUAAAGCGAUGUAGAAAAAGAACUAAUGACUCAAGAAGUAGGGGGAAAAUGUAGAUCACGAGACGAAAUUCUGGAAAUUGGACCGGAAGUGAGAGAAUCGAAUCCCCGCAAUCUAUGAAGGGAAGGUGACGUUCUUCCUCCACUCUCUUUAAUAUGUGAUGAAGGUCCGCGGGUGGACGUGGGCCACAUCAUGGCCCGUGGUGGCACUCUGGGCGAGUGUCACCCUCCUGGUGGCGCUGGCAUCGCUGGCCGCCCUCUUCACGCCCACAUGGUUCGUCCGCCAUUCGCCAUCGCCGCCCGUGAUGUUCGGCGUGUGGGCGUGGUGCGUGGGCGGAUUUGACGACCAACGUUGCGCCGCCGUUGGACAGAGCGUAUCGGGCAAUGACGGAGCAUUGCCUUCGGCAGUGUGGGUGAUGGUGGGCGCCCUUUACGGCGGGGGCGGGACCCUCCUAGCCGUCACGGGUCUGUCGGCUCUCGUGGCGCCUGUCCUACCCACGACUCACGCCCGUGCAGCCCUCGCCCACGUUGCUGGCAACAUACAGGCGGCGGCAGUGUCUCUGCAAGCGGUUGCCUUAGUCCUGUACCCGCUGGGCCUGGGAUCACCCUUCGCAAGAAUGCAAUGCGGGGAAACGGCCUCGGUCUACGCGGCCGGCAGCUGCGAAUUGGGAUAUGCUUACAUGCUAGCGCUUGUGGCCACAGUGCUGGCCGCAUAUUGCCCCGUGCUGGCUAGACUAGUCACGUACAAGGACUACACAGACUAUUGGUCUAAUCUUAACUACAUGUAAAUCUUACUGCUUUUUACUACACUUAAUAAGUAUGUACUGGUAUUUGUACGAGUAAACAAAAAAGGGGGGCGGGAGUUUGGGAACUCUGUAUACUUGUAAAGUUUAUAUUAGAAAAGAGAAGCAGUUUCUGUCACCUGUGAAGUGUGUGUGGAUGCAUACAGUAAUUUAUUCGAGUAAGUAAGCUAUAGAACGUUGACCAAGAAAGUCGAUAGGAAUAAGAUGGAGAAGAAUGACCAGUGAAUUUCAGGAUUUUGGGAGGGCAUACCAUUGUAGCUAUUCUCUUUAUACGCGAGUUAUUUAACGCAAAACGAGGUUGCGUAUUCAUAAUUUUCUACGGAAAUGAUGAUUGAUAUUCAACGUAGCGCAACAGCGAGAUGCCAAGCAACAUUUUAACUCAAAGUUUACACAUGAAAAUUACGAGUGUGAAUCAAAAGUCCAGGUCAUCGUAAUGAAAACUAUACCACGGUAAUUCAAACUAAUGAAUAAAAAAUCUUGACAUUUGUAACGAAUUAUUUCAUAUAAAAAUAUAUACAUUCAGUUAUCCACAGAAUAUCAUUUCAACAUGAAAAUCGAUUACAGAAUGAUGAAGAGGAACCUUGCAUGUUUCUUAGAAAUAAGACUUUCAAAAUAAAUAAGAUUCAGAUAUGAAAAAAAUUUAAAGCAGAGGAUAAAGAGAAAGAGCUGCAUUUUGUAUCAUUUCAAUACAACAGCUAAUUUGGCCAGUAUGAUCUAGUCAUUCCUUAGGUUAUACAAGUGUUCUUUUAGAGUGUAAGUGAAUUAUUCUAAUGAAAUAAAAUCGGACAGAUAUUGACGCACGCUCAUGUAUACAUUUGUUCCUACGAGUAUAUAUAUUAUAAUUAAUUUUGGAAUUAUCAUAAGGUGCAUUCAUCGCAUGUGAGCGGUGUAGUUCAUUUUCCUUGAUUCAUAAUUCCACGUAAUAACAAAAUUGGCUUCAUUUUACACUUGGGAGCAAAUUUUUCAUCAUCAAUUGAAAAUAAUUGCCCUCAGAAACUUCCUGAUUCAAUAAAGUUACCUUAAUGGGACCUAACAAGGAAGUUUUCUUCAGUAUUAUUAGUAAAGGUGCCGUAAGGAAGGUUUUAUGGGAAAAAAAGCAAAAAUGAAAGAAGUGUUAAAAGCGUAACUUAUCAUGAAUCAGUUACUGCUUGGUAACGAAUAUUCUGCUACGGUAUGAGAAAGACUUCAAUGCUUUGUAUUCUAAAUAUGUAGGAUAUAAAUGAAUAAAUUUAAUAUAUUCA